UCAUUCAAUGUUUGCUGUUGCAAAUGAUUAUUUCGUUUUUAGUACAAUACAAUAUAUGAGACAAAGAUAAAAAUUAAAUAAAUUAGAAUGUCGUCUAGAAAAGCAACUCAUGCAGGAAGUUGGUAUUCCAGCUCUGGUGCUGAACUUUCUCAACAACUUGAUGUGUGGUUGAAUACGGCAGAAUUACUUCAUGGUCCUGCACGAGCAAUAAUUGCACCUCAUGCGGGUUACGCGUAUUGCGGUGAGUGUGGAGCAUUUGCUUAUCGACAAGUAAGUCCAGCUGUUGUGAAACGGAUAUUUAUAUUAGGCCCUUCCCAUCACGUGCGAUUACGUGGUUGUGCGUUAACUACAGCUAAAACAUACACAACUCCUUUGUAUGAUCUCAAUAUUGAUACUCAAACCAACACUGAAUUAGAAAAGACUGGAGCUUUUUCCUGGAUGGAUGCCAAAACAGACGAAGAUGAACACAGCAUUGAAAUGCAUUUGCCAUUUAUCGCAAAAGUUAUGGAAAAUUUUAAGGAUCAAUUUACUAUUGUACCAAUCCUAGUUGGAUCAUUGAAUCCUGAUCAAGAAGCGUUAUAUGGGAACUUAUUAGCUGACUUUUUCACUGAUCCGCAAAAUCUGUUUAUAAUAUCAUCAGAUUUUUGUCAUUGGGGUAAUCGUUUCAGUUACACGUAUUAUGAUCGAUCAUGUGGACAAAUUUAUAAAUCAAUCGAAAACUUAGAUAAAAAGGGGAUGGAUAUAAUAGAAACAUUAAAUGCUGAUGCAUUUACUGAGUACUUGCGAAAAUAUAAUAACACUAUAUGUGGACGUCACCCAAUUGGCGUGAUGCUGAGUGCUAUCAAAGUUUUGGAAAGAAAAGGUUAUCUUAUGCAUUUCAAGUUUUUAAAAUAUGCACAAAGUAGUCGAUGUAAGGAAAUGCAUGAAUCAAGUGUUAGUUAUGCGUCUGGUUCUUUAGUGUUUGAAUGUUAAUUUCUAUACACUAAAACUUGUAGCAAAUUUAAAUAUUUAAUUGAAAUUUUUGUAAAAUAAAAUAAGCUAUACAUCA